AUGCUUUGCUUGCACAGAGAGUUGAUGCAGAGAGCUGCCGUGGGCGUCGGUGGGACGCUCGGUAGCGGGGAGGAUUUCCCCGACCUGGCUGCAUCCGAGUGUCUGGGUAAAAAUGGAGGGUUCGAGAAAACAACCGUGUUUGCCCGGGUGCACCGCGGCGGAGGUGGGGAGGUUCCAGCUGGAACCUCCACCCCGCUGCGGGACCCGUGGGACCCCUGGAGUCAGACGGUGCGUCUUGGUCACGCUUCAUAUCGGCCGGCCCGGGAAGGAAGAGAACAAACAGAGUGGGGGAAGUCCCCCACCCAAAAGCAGCAUUACCCUCCGGCCCAUCAGGAGCGAACCCGCAAGUUCGGAGGAACCGACCGCCAGAACACGGCACUAGGGCCGGGCCGGCGCGGAGGCCCUCGACCAUGUGCCGCCAAAUGUGAAGCUGAAACGAUCUGGACAUGCAGAUCCUUCCUGUACAUUGAGAAGGAUCAGGACUGCUGGACAGCUGCAGCAAACUCUAAAACAGAGACCAUCCUGCGCAGAAGCAGCGCUGCGUUAUACGAAAAAAAAGUAUACCUCCUGGAGUGUGUUAAUGGAAUAGGAACAGAUUACAGAGGAACAAAAAGCAAAUCAAAAACAGGGAAGAUCUGCCAGAGAUGGGAAGCUAAAUACCCGCACAGGCCCAACUUCACACCGGAUGAGCAACCCAGAGCAGACUUAGAGUCAAACUUCUGCAGAAACCCGGACGUAGACAGCGGCGGACCCUGGUGCUACACCACCGACUCCAACACCCGCUGGGAAAGCUGCGACGUGCCCAGCUGCACCGCGCUGCUUUUGCGCAGGAGGCCCCCUGUUUUAGAGUUUGCAUCAGCUGUCCAGCAGUCCUGA